UUUAGCGCACACCAUAUGAUUCAUAUCCAAGAAGUAGGGAUUCCUUUUGCUCUUAGCCUCUUACAGAUAACGAUACUAUUUCCCCCAUAUAUCAUCCCAUCGGCCUUCCUUCUCUUCAGCCCACAUGUGGCUGUUGUUCGGGUAUGGACCGUACCGUAUCCAUGGAUCGUAUGGCGAACCUCCAGCAAAGAAAUAGAGCCGAAGCUAUUCAUCAACUGUGUUAUUUAGCGGCUCCGGCUCCGUCUCCGUCUCCGCCCCCACACUUUCCAGUUUCUCCUGACUGAAAUUGUCUCCGCAUUUUCCCCCGGACAACGCAGAAACACAUCAAAUGAUGGAUCAACAGCAGCUGGACUUUGAAAAGCGGGAAUUAUUUUCAACCACCACAUGAAUAGUUUACCUGCUGUUCAGCAGUUCACGCAGACUACCGAGUUGUGCACUUCUAAACCUGAACCUAAUAUCCCUAUCUACACGCAUAUACAAUAAACCUCGGAGCCAACGCAAUUUCUUCCCUUACGCUCCCCCGAUUAAUAAAUUAAAUAGAUAACUAAGGGCGCGUAAUGGUCGACAACAAGUUAGACGCUGCGCCUACACAGUCCGGCGCGGGGGUAGAUGCGAUUAAGGCGGCAGAUAACCCCAGCAGCGCACAUGUUGAGAUGAGCGCGAUCCCGGAUUCGCACGAGCCCACCCCACCUAAUGCUGCUUCUGGGGCGAUGGGUGGCAGCGAGCGCCCCUUAUACAGGAUCUAUAAACGCCGUUUCUUCGGCCUGGCGCAGUUGGUAUUGCUUAAUACCGUUGUUAGUUGGGAUUGGUUAACCUUCUCCGCCGUCUCAAAAACUGCCUCAGAACAUUUUCGCGUCUCAGAAGGCACGAUCAACUGGAUGAGCGUAGCCUUCCAACUGGCGUUUUGUAUUUCGACCCCCGCCGUCAUCUGGACCCUCAAUAAAGGAGGACCUAAGCUGUCUCUCACUGUCUCCGCCGUCCUCCUCUUAUGCGGCAACUGGAUUCGCUAUGCCGGCGCUCGAGCAGGUAACAGCAUCUUCGGCGUCGCGAUGUUCGGACAGAUUUUGAUCGGCCUUGCGCAACCAUUCUGCUUAAGCGCGCCCACACGCUAUAGUGAUCUAUGGUUCACCGGCAAGGGGCGCACCAGUGCAACGGCCAUUGCUACACUUGCGAACCCCUUUGGUGGUGCGCUUGGGCAGUUGAUUGGGCCGAUCCUAGCAACGAAGAGCUCUGAAAUUCCGAAUAUGGUGCUCUAUGUGUCUAUCAUUUCCACCGUCGUCUGCGUCCCAUCCUUCUUCAUCCCCUCCGCCCCACCAACCCCACCAACCGCCUCCGCAGCCAUCGAGCGAAUCCCCCUCACCAAGUCUCCGUUAAAACUAAUCCGCACCCUUGAAUUCUGGCUCAUCUUCCUCCCAUUCAGCGUCUACGUCGGCCUCUUCAACAGCAUCUCCUCCCUCCUCAACCAGAUCCUUGAACCCCACGGCUUCAGCGAGACAGAUGCCGGUAUCACCGGCGCCUUGCUCAUCGUCGUCGGCCUCGUCGCCGCCGCCAUCAUCUCCCCCAUCACAGACCGCUACAAGAGCUACCUGCUGCUGACCAAAGUCCUCGUCCCCAUCAUAGCCGUCUGCUACAUCGGCUUCGUCUUCGCGCCGCGCGCAAGCAACGUCGCGGGACCCUAUGUCGUCGCCGCCCUGCUGGGCGCGUCCAGCUUCGCCGUCCUCCCCGUCAUCCUCGAGUAUAUGGUUGAAAUCACCUACCCGAUGUCGCCAGAGGUGACCAGUUCGUCUGCUGAGGGGCGGGCAGUUGCUAGCCCCCUCGUUUAUUCUUAUGAGAUGCGUUGAAGGAAGGGGCGGAUGCGCAGCCGCCAAUGAAUAUGACGCGUGCGUUGAUUUUUCAGGCUGUGCUUGCGUCAGUGGUUGUGCCGGUGCCGCUCUGCUUGGGGCUGUUUGGGCGGAAUCCCAGGAGUCGGAGGCUUGAGGCGGAGAUUGCGGCGGAAUCGGCGGAAUCGGCGGAAUCGGCGGAAUCGGCGGAAUUGGAGGCACAGACGCGCGGGAGCAAUGAAUGCGAUAGUGAUUAUGGAGUAGGAAGGGCAGGGCCCGCCGUGGGAUGUGAUGAGCCUUUUGAUAUAUAUGUUGAUGUUUUAUAUACGAGAGUUUGUGAUGUGCUUUAUAUAUGGGGCUAUGUUUUCUUAUCGACUCUUUUUCUCUCUUUUUCUCUACUUUUGUUUCGCUGCAAUCCUACUGAUACUCAUCGGGGCUCCUUGGUGAUCCUGGAGGAUUUUCAUUUCUCUACCUUGUAAGUUUUUUAUAUCUUGGCCUUCGAUGCUCUCCCCCCCAAGCUUUUCUCUAGGCAAUAUAACGGUGCAAAGUUUUACGUUGUGUACAUCUGCAUGUACAUACAUGUGUCAGUUGUUUUACCUUUUGAAGUGUUUAGUUUUUUAAUAUCCAGCGGAGAUUUUUGCAUUUAUUAUAUUACCAAAGCACGAAAUUAUGCCACAAAUAUCGGUAUAUGAGUGCGUCCAUGGCUAUAAAAACGAAGACCGUCCAACCAUUUUCUUGUCCUCAACCCGAAAAAGAAUUAAUUAGGAACCCGUGAAAACGGCACAUUGGAAUAAAGGAAGUUAGAUAGAUACGAUAUAUGAAUCUAGAUGAGAUAAUAGGAAGGGGUGAGGACAAUGACGUUUAUCUAAAGUAGUUCUGUA